GCUUCCGCUGGAUCUCCUACCAGUGGACGACACUUUACUUCAUGCAUCUCGCCAAUUUGCCUUAGUUUAGAUGACGAUGAUGGCCUGCAACCGAAGCAGCAGACAGAAUCCCCUAAUUCCGUUUUGAAUCCGGAUUCCGAGGUGCAAAUUCUCCCUGUAUCUGUUAUGGCAGUUAUCGAGCCCUCCUCUAAGCUUACUUUAUUGCCAAAGUUUGCCGACAAUCCAAGCGUUCUUUGUUCUCCUACUGAGCCGGCUGGAAAGUUCAGACCUAUGGCGGAAAUAUGCAAGUUUGAAAAUCUAGGAAAAAAGGCUGAUAAAAAGAAUUUUGAUGAAGAAGACGACGAUCGAGGGGACUCGUUUAGCAUCGCACCUGACCUUUUGACCUCGAUCGAUCUUUUUGAUAGUUUGUCGCCAAUUAACAACAAACGGCUGCUCUCGAAUAUUUCCCCCCAGCCCAGAAUUCGUACUCGUAGUGGUAACGCGAGUGCCUAUUAUACGUCAGCAAAGCUGAUUACGUCUCCCUCACCGCCAGCCAAGCGAAUCCGCUUAUCAUCCGCCACAGCGGGAGCAGAUGGAAACUUGAAUCUAUCGAAAGAUGGAUCGCUUGACAAACCUGCUGAUUUGCCUACUGCUGAUCAAUGUGGUAAUACUUCACCUCCUCCCGAUUCUCGAAAUUCUCAAAUCGCAAAUUUACCUAUGGAAUCCUCUUUUAGCAAGGCUAACUCUUCUCCAGCAUCACCUCGAGUUAGUACUCUCAGCCGGUCUGCCCGACAGUGCUCCUUGUCUGCUUCCCACCCUACUCCGGAGAUCCGCGAUUUGAAUCUCUUGAAAACAGAUAUUUCACUUUCAAUGGACCAGUCCAUUCAGAAUCCGAUGCAGUCCCAGAUGCCACUCAAAGCCGAGCUCGCUGUCUCCAGAGGUACUGGCCGUCUGGUGACGCGUAUAUCGCGUUCAUCUGCCCUGUCAGCGGGCUCCUCUAAGACCCUUCUCCUUCUCUUGCGACGCCAAUCAUCUCCACAUCAAUCUGUUUUAAACCAAGAGGCCCCUAGCACAGAUUCUUCUCCGCCCAUGGUCACUUGUUUAUCUCCAAAGCGGUCGGCCAACUGUCAAAAGCCAAUGGAGUCUCGAAGAUUUCGUAGCCAUCGCUCGUCUUGUAUCACUCUAUCAACAAAUUCUUUUAAUCCAUCUCUCCAGCGACCACCUAACUCAACUUGCGGCCCCACUCAUAAUAAUAGGGAUUCUAUUAAUUCACCCUUAUCAUUCUCUGAGACACCAACUUCGCGGUCCCGCGUUCGGCUAACUCGACAGGGAUCAAUCUUUCCCCAAAACCGCUUUAAAACCGAGUCUCAAGGCUUGCCGACUCGCAAGAAUAGAGCGGAUUUCUCUAGUAUUUCUAAUACUAAUGCUAACAGAUAUGUCCUUGAAUUACCUCUCGUCGAUGGACCAAGCAUGGCCCUAAGUUCCCUUACUAAAAAUAUUACAUCAACUAAUUUGGAUACGUGCAAUAUCGACCCACAAAAGGAAGAGGACGAGGACGACGAUGCCUCAAGUGCCACGGUGGCGGCUGGUCGACCCGAUCCAAAAUCCAGUAUAAGACGGCCUCCCUCAUCGACACCAUUUUCUCCGCAGCAUAGAUCUUGUUCUGCUAUUCGUGAGGUCAAGAGUAAACGGGUCGUCAUAAGAGCCUCUAAAUUAGCAAAAAAGCUGUUGCCUAAGGACGCAUUUCUUCCGGCUUCAUCAAAUGCACGCUCCUUGCUCCCCAGGCGCUGUCGCUCUAGAUCGCAUUCCAGCUCCCAGCUUGAUUGGUUCAAUAGGCAGCAUGACUCUAUUUCUGGCCAGUUUGCUUCUAAUGAUUCUAUUCUCGAGCCAGCUUUGCCUGAUUUUGAUCCAGAUAAUGAAGAAGACCCCCGAUUCCAAAUAUUAGACGAAGAUCGACGAAUUUUUGAGGGGAUUCAGACCGAGGUUCAAGCUGUGAGUAUUUUAAUAUGUAUACCUUUUUAUUCCCAUUUAUGA